UCACAAAUUCAUCGCAUUUUCUCGUUGGUUUUCCCGAGAAACAAACAGCCCAAACCUCCCAAAGUCCUUCAAUCCCAAAUGGCUCGCACCAAGCAGACUGCCCGCAAGUCCACCGGAGGCAAAGCCCCAAGGAAGCAGCUGGCCACCAAGGCUGCCAGGAAGUCGGCUCCGACCGGGGGAGUGAAGAAACCCCACCGCUUCAGGCCCGGAACUGUGGCGCUGAGGGAGAUCAGGAAGUACCAGAAGAGUACUGAGCUCCUGAUCCGCAAGCUUCCGUUCCAGAGGCUGGUGAGGGAGAUCGCCCAGGACUUCAAGACCGAUCUGAGGUUCCAGAGCAGCGCUGUGGCGGCGCUUCAGGAGGCGGCGGAGGCGUACUUGGUUGGUCUGUUCGAGGAUACCAACCUGUGCGCGAUUCAUGCCAAGAGGGUCACAAUCAUGCCCAAGGACAUCCAGCUCGCUCGUAGGAUCAGAGGCGAGAGGGCUUAAGAAAAAAAAAAAAUUCCCCAUUAUCUAGGGUUUCUAGUUUCGAUAAUUUGUUGUCGAUUUAGGGUUUUAAUUUUUAUCUACGAUUAGGAUUUUAAUGAAAUUUGGUUGUUGCUUACAAUCAUGGAUUAGCUGCUGUGCUUGAAUUUGUAUAUUGUUUUGUGAUUUGAAUCGAAAUAUUUGCAGUUUCUUUAAA